AUGCACCUCAUCUUCAAGGCUCAGUCCCCCCUGAAAGACAACCUCAUCUCCAUCCUCAAGAUGAGCUUCGUGCAUGCAAGAAACCUCGGGGUGUUCGUCUUCAUCUACAAGGGUCUGCUGUCUGCGGCUAGGCUGCUCUACAUUGCCCUCGGCCUUGGGGUCUCCACACCACCGGGAGCAGCAGCACGGGGCUGGCAUGCUCUGCUGGCAGGAUGGAUCUGGGCGAUUGUCAUGUGGAUCUACGAGGUUGAACCCAAGAUGCUGCAGCCUUCCCUUGAAGCCUCCAUGAGGUAUCUCUACACCGACAGCAACUCCUGGAGCAGGAAGGAGAGGUUCUUCCCCACCCUCGCCUCUGCCGCCAUCCUGGGGAGCGUCUUCUGGAUGAAGAGAAAGAGCCUGGCGGACCUCUGGGACCUCAAGAAGAGGGUGUGA